UUUGCAGUUGCUGCGCAGCGAAGCCGAGAUGGUGGCUGCAGCCGGAGGGUGGGGAGCUGGAGCAGCGAGGGCAAAAGAGGGGGUGCAUCGGGGUUGGGGGUCCUAAGGAGGGGGCAGAGGCCACGAGCCUGCAUUCAGCCCCCUCCCCCCAGGCGGGUAUCCUCGAGGAAGAAACCCUUUGGACAGAAGAAGAUGCCCCCAGUUUUUCUGUAGGUGAGAAGUCCACACACUCUGAACUUUCCCAAACUCAGAGUCAGACCGCUUGGUCCCGUAAGCAGAAGGAAACCAAUGCCGGGCAGAGAAGGAGAGCGGUUCAGCAGAGCCAAGGUCGACAUGGCUGCCGAGCAACAGGAGGUGUCCCCUAUGGGCCUCCACCAGAAUGAAAUCAGGGUGGAAAAAGGAGUCAAAAUGGAGGAGCUUGAGAAAGCAGGCCUUGCACUGGCUGGCCCAAAGCGAUUCCGGAAGAGCCCUUACGUUGUUCAGGCUGGCGGCGCUGGGGAGCGUUUUAGCCGGCUGACAGCCAAGCAAGCGGAGCGUGACCUCGAUGAUGGGAUGUUAGCGCCAUGCUGGGAAGCCCAAUGGCGAGACUUCCUGAAGAACACGCAGCCCCCUUAUUUGGGGUGGAGCAGCCCCCAGGUCCCGGGGGUCACACUUCUGGCUCCUGCUGAAUCCGGGCCUGGGGCUGAUGGGGAGCCCAUGCGAGAGGAGGCAGGGGAGCUCCUGCUAGGCCUCAGGGAGAGGCCCCUCAAGACCAGCCUGCAUGCAGACCCCGCAGAGCCGGGGGACGAUGGAGAGGUGAAGGGGGAGGGCCAAGCUGAGGAGGCCCCCAGCGCCGAGCUGCAUCGGCGGCGCUUCCGGUGGUUUUGCUACCAAGAGGCGGAGGGGCCUUGGGAGGCGUGCGCCCAGCUGCGGGAGCUGUGUCUCAGCUGGCUGCGACCGGAGCUGAAUUCGAAGGAGCAGAUGGUGGAGCUGGUUAUUCUGGAGCAGUUCUUGGCCAUCUUGCCCGAGGAAAUCCAGGGCUGGGUUGGAGAAAGCGGGCCGGAGACCUGUGCCCAGGCAGUGGCCUUGGUGGAAGACUUCCUGCUGAGGCAGCAGGAGACCGAGAGGUGGAAGCAGGAAGUGCUGGGAGAAUUUGAAGAAGUAGCAAUGGGUUUUUCAAGAGAAGAUGAUGCCAGCGAAAAGCAGCCUGGCCGGGAAAUCAAGCAGGAGCAGGCCAGCUGGUUGGAUAAGUGGGAGAGCGAGGAUGAAGAGGCAGUGUUUGAAGUGUUAUUGGAAAGAGCUGAAACUCAAGUCUUGGAAGAAAACUUUGGAGAACAAGAUGCACCAAGGUGGGAACAGAGAUUCCCAACAGACAAGAGAAGAAAUAACGCCAUUCUUGGUGAGACUGGGGUCUCUCGUGAACUUGCAUUUGAGGAAAAAGCACAGACAGGAAAGAGAAGACACGUGUGCACUAUUUGUGGGAAAGGCUUUACUCAAAAAUCAAACCUCAACAGGCAUCAAAGAACCCAUGUGGGAGGAAAGACAUUUCAGUGCUUUAAAUGCGGGAAAAGCUUUAAGUGGGAAACAAGUUUUAUUCGACACCAGCGAUUCCACACUGGCGAGAAGCCUUAUCCAUGCAUUGACUGUGGGAAAUGCUUUAGUCGGAGCGCAAAUCUCAUCAUUCAUCAGAGGAUUCAUACUGGAGAGAAACCCCACCAAUGCACAGACUGUGGGCAGAGUUUUAGCCAGAUUUCCAAUCUGGUUCGACAUCACAGAGUCCACACAGGGGAGAAGCCUUAUAAAUGCCUGGAAUGUGAGAAGAGCUUCACUCAGAAAUCCAACCUUAUCAAGCAUCAAAGUGUCCAUUUGGGAGACAAGCCGCCUCGACGCUCAGCUAAUGGAAAAAGACUUAGUCAGAGGUCAAAUCAUAAUAGAUUUGACAGGGAUUCCCUUGGAGAAAACCCCUGUAAAUGCUUCAAGUGUGGGAAAAUCUUUUCCCGGAGAGGCAACCUCCUUAGGCAUCAGAGCAUCCACACAAAAGAUAAACCACACAAAUGUCUCGAGUGUGGGAAACGGUUUAACCAGAGGACCAAUCUGAAUGCUCACCAAAGGAUCCAUACUGGAGAGAAACCUUACAGGUGUCCAGAUUGUGGGAAAAGCUUCAGAUGGAGGGCGCACCUGAUUAUACACAAGAGGUUGCACACUGGCGAGAAGCCACACAAAUGUGCCGAGUGUGGACAGAGCUUCAGCCAGAGGUCCAAUCUGGUGAGACAUCUCAGAAUCCACACGGGAGAAAAGCCAUAUAAAUGCUCAGAGUGUGAGAAGUGCUUUGGUCAGAAAUCCAACCUUAUCAAGCAUCAAAAGAUUCACACAGAUAAUGCACUCCAUCAGCUGAUCGGUAGUGUCAGACAGGGCCGAAUUCCAACAGGAGAGGAUUCCUAUAAAUGUUUCAGGUGUGGGAAAAUAUUCACCCGCAGGGGGAACCUUCUGAGACACCAGAGCAUCCACACCCGAGAGAAACCUCACAAAUGCUCCGACUGUGGGAAAAGAUUCAAUCAGAGAGCAAACCUUAUCAGCCAUCAGAGAAUUCACACCGGAGAAAAACCUUUCACGUGUCUUGACUGUGGGAAGAGUUUUCGCCAGAGCCCGCACCUUAUUAAACAUCAGAAAUUACAUGCAGAAGAAAAAGCUUCAUUUCGAAGCCCAGAUUAUGGGGCUGGCAUCAGCCACGAGUCAGGCCAUAGGAUACACGAGAGAAUCUGCCUGAGAGGAAAUCCGUAUCAAUGCAUGAAGUGCGGCAAAAUGUUUAACUGGCAGUCUAACUUCAUCCGGCAUCAGAAAAUCCAUGCAGGUGAAGAACCUCAUCAGUGCUUGGAUUGCGGAAAGACAUUCAACCGGAGGAAAAACUUCGUGGCUCAUCAGAGAAUCCACACAAAAGAGAAACCUUAUAAAUGCACCGAGUGUGGCCAAACCUUCACGUGGGAAGCGCACCUUGUUAUCCAUCAAAGAAUCCACACGGGAGAAAAACCUCAUAUGUGUGCCGAGUGUGGGCAGAGUUUCAGCCAGAGAUCCAAUCUCAUAAGGCAUCAGAGGAUCCACACAGGGGAGAAACCCUACACUUGCUCAGAGUGUGGUCAGAGUUUUACCCAAAGGACACACCUUGUGGUGCACCAGAGAACCCACACAGGGGAGAAGCCCCAUAAGUGCGUGGAGUGUGGGCAAGGCUUCAGCCAAAGGGCACAUCUGAUUGUUCAUCAGAGAAUCCACACGGGAGAGAAGCCGCAUCGAUGCACAGACUGUGGCCAAGGCUUCUGCCAAAGAUCCAAUCUUAUCAGACAUCAGAGGUCCCAUGCCUGUGAGAAACAAAAUUAGAAACGCCGCUGGAGGGUCGUGCUGAGUCUCGGUCAUCCAGGCCUAGGUGGUGGGGAGAACUGGUAAUGUUCAGCUGGUAAGGAAGUCUUGGGGACAGGCCUUCCUCUUUAUGAAAAAAUCCGCACAGGACAGGGCCUGAACUAUAAAAUAUACAGACUCUGUGAAACAGUUUGAGGACACUGAUCAUAUUAAACAGGGACCCCAACCUUCUAUGGCUCGUGGACACAUUGUUAUUGUAAGAAAACAUUACGAGUGCUCUUGCAACAUGGCUACUGGUGUCUUGACCUUUUACAGCAACGUUUCUCAAACUUGGCAACUUUAAGAC